ACUGGAUAUGGAACCUUUCUCUCAAGAUGUCACCCUUACUUCAAGAAUUAAUUUGCAGAGAAGUCUAUCAAGAAAAGGGUCACAAACAGGAGCCGAGAGAAAGAUGAAUUCAAAUUGUGUUAUGAAUGAUGGCGAAAGAGAUGCUAUCCCCUCGCCUAAAGCUUGUUCGAUGGCUGGUACCAUGCUAGAAAAGAUGGUUAUAGUCGAUCAGACCACCGACCACAUCACUAAACCACAAGCCCAGCAUCAAAUUGCCAUAAUGACCAGUGGCUCCACCACCACAAUCGAAGCAGCUGGAACACCAACCAAAUUCAGUCUGUCUGUGAAGAGAUCAAGCAGUUUUAAGCAAUCAUCCCUUCUCAACCCUCCAAGAAUCCUCUUCUUCUUUGCCACCUUAUCAAUCUUGGGAACCAUCAUACUUAUUUGCCUCACCCUUUCCAUGGAGAUGACAACUCGGACGCAACUAGCCUAACUUAGCAUCAAUAAUGUGUAUGGGUGCGUGGCAACUAUUUAGCUUUUAAUCUCUAGGCGGCCUUUGUUUAUAGAAAAGAAGACAA